AUGGCUUCUGUUAAACUUGAAAAUGCAAAUCCUUCAAUUUUUAAAAAAGCACAAGAAAGAAAAUUAUCUUUCAACGAUUUAGAUGAUAAUGUUAAUGAAUCGUUUGAUGCUAGAGAGAUUUUUGACAUAUCCUUUUUAAAUAUAAAUGAUCCUGAGCAUCCACUCACCCUUGAAGAAUUGAAUGUUGUGGCUGAAGAUCUUAUUGAGGUCAAUGACGAAUCCAACAUUGUUAAUGUUUUCUAUAAACCUACGAUACCUCAUUGCAGCAUGGCAACACUCAUAGGGCUCUGUAUAAAAGUAAAGCUUAUUAGAUGUUUGCCUUCAAGAUUUAAGGUAAUCUCUGUUGCCAUAAUGCCCAGUUUUCAUGUUUCUGAAGCAGCUAUUAAUAAACAGCUGGCGGACAAAGAAAGAAUUGCUGCUGCUUUAGAAAAUGUGAAUCUUCUGAAAGUUGUCAAUCAGUGUUUAUCAAUAUAA